AUGGCGAACACUGCAGACUGUGUCGUGCAACAUGUGAGUUAUGUUGAUUUGCAUUAUGCGAAGAAUAACCGAGAUCACCGAACUGCUGAGAUCAGCACCAAACGACUGAUAGUCAGGCGCGGCCAGCCCUUCGAGAUCACAGUGCAAUUUAACAGAAAUCAAUACGAUCCAGACAAUGACAGAUUUAAGCUGAUUGCUCAAACAGGGACUAACCCUUCAGAAACAUCAGGAACUAAAAUCCUGUUUCCUCCAUCAGACGCAAUAAACAAAAAGAGAUGGAGUACAGUUGCUGUCUCUUCAUCCAAGAGCAGUUUGUCUUUAAUUAUAAGCACAGCACCAAAUGCUAAGAUUGGUCAUCACAGCUUAGCCCUACAGAAAAUAACUGUGGACCAGACUCUCAUCUAUCCACUCGGGGAGUUUGUGGUACUUUUCAAUCCAUGGUGCUCAGAGGAUGAAGUCUUUAUGAGUGAUGUUGGGCAGCUAAACGAGUAUGUGCUAAAUGAGCAAGGAAUUAUCUUCACGGGUUCCUCUGAAUACAUUCAAGAUUUGCCAUGGAACUAUGGACAGUUCGAAGAAGAUAUUUUAGACAUCUGCCUUAAGUUACUAGACAAUAGUCACAAACAUCUGAAAAAUCCAGCAAAAGAUUACGCACGCAGAAGUUCACCUGUUUACAUCUGUAGAAUAGUGUCUGCUAUGGUAAAUUGUAAUGAUGACAAUGGAAUACUAUUUGGCAAAUGGGAUGAUCCAUAUUCUGACGGAGUAUAUCCAGGGAAAUGGAAUGGAAGUGUUGCCAUUCUUCGUCAGUGGAACCACAGUGGCUGUCAGCCAGUUUGCUAUGGGCAGUGUUGGGUGUUUGCAGCAGUAGCCUGCACAGUUCUGAGGUGCUUAGGAAUUCCAACCCGUGUUGUUACAAAUUUUGAAUCUGCUCAUGACACCAAUGGAAACUUAAUCAUUGAGAGUGAGUAUGAUGAAGAAGGAAUGGCAUUGGGAGAAUCAGAGGAUAGUAUAUGGAAUUUCCAUGUUUGGGUAGAAUCUUGGAUGGCAAGGUACGACUUGAGGCCUGGCAAUGAUGGAUGGCAAGCACUUGACCCAACGCCACAGGAAAAAAGUGAAGGUAUCUACUGCUGUGGGCCAGCCCCAGUGAAAGCCAUCAAAGAGGGGGAGACAGACAUAUGCUAUGACGUUCCUUUCAUAUUUGCUGAAGUAAAUGCAGACUGUGAGACUUGGGUCUAUUCUGAUAAGGGGAAAAAGUUGAAAAUUGAUUCUAACACAAGACUUGUUGGCCAGCGCAUCAGCACCAAGUGUGUUGGCAGUGACGAUCGUGAGGAUAUCACAGAAAAUUACAAAUACCCUGAAGGCUCUGAAGAAGAGAGAAGAAUUUUCCAGUUGGCUGAAAAGAGAAAAGUCCCGUUGAAGCCAGAAAAACAACUUCAAUUGAGUUUGAAGACCAAUGAUCCAGUUUAUAAUGGAACCACUGUUAAAGUGUCUGCAGUCAUUUCCAACAAGGAUUCAACAAAAAGAAACUGCACAAUUAAAAUUAAUGCCAUGAAGAAGAAAUACAAUAGCUCAUCAAGUGGGAAAUGUAUAAAGAAGUAUCAGGAGGAGAUACAUGUUGCAGGCCGUAAAGAUAAAACAGUAGAGAUGGAAAUGUCUUAUCACGAGUAUGGUGAGCUCCUGGAUAAGUAUAAUCUAAUCAGGUUGACAGCAUUUGUAGUUGAUGCAGAGACAAAUGAAAGUGCAUUCACACUCAAGGAUAUCGCUUUGAUCAAUCCUAAUAUCACAAUUCAGGUCCGAGAUGUUCCUGUGCUCUCCCAAAAGGUGAUAAUAGGAAUCAGUUUUGAGAAUAUCUUGCCUGUGGGGCUGACCAAUUGUGUCUUCACACUUGAGGGCGCAGGUUUGAUUGAUGGUCAGCUGGAAGAAUGGAUUGGGACAUUAAAUCCUGGAGAUGUGAUUACAAAGGAGAUUUCAAUUAUUCCCAAGAAAAUCGGGUUGAAGAAAUUAACUGUGGAUUUUGACAGUGAUAAUUUGAAGGAUGUGAAAGGAUACACAAACAUUGAUGUUCAAGACAGAGAAAAAUGAUCCAAAAAGAUUUUGGAAUCCCCAGUUAUAAAACAUACCUAUGAGCAUGCACUCUUAUAUAACUUUGCAUAUUUGUAAUUUUGUUUUAUUUUGUCAAUUCAUGACAAGUUCUGUAGUUUAAAGAUCAAAAUGUUCUUUUCUUUUUGAUGGCUAAUUCUGAGAUGUUAUCUAGAGCUGCUUUUUGAUUUUUAGGUCCUUUUUCAUUCUCACUAUCUCCCUUAUUGUAUGAUGCAGUCACAUGGUAACAUUAUUUCCUAUAUUGUUGAUAAGAUUUUAUCACAGAUUCUUUCUUUAGACAGCCAAGGUAUCACAAAUGAUAACAGAAAGACUCCAUCAUACCUGGCAGCUGAUCCAAUUUAGAUUCUAGAUUAAAAAUGUAUAAUGCAAAGUAAUGUGUCGGGACUAGGUAGCGGUUUAGUGAAUGCGUUUUCUGUCCUUGAUUUUUAAAUUGAUUAGAUUGUUCUAAAUAUCGGUGCGGAGUGAAGUCCUGAAAACAACAAAUGCUGGAGAUCACAAUGGGUCAGGCAGCAUCCAUGGAGAGACAGUAUGUUUUGAAUCUAGAGUAAUUUGCUCCUACAUUGUGGACUGAAGUCACUUGGUUGUCUAUUCUUUCAAUGGAUCUUUUUCUUUUGAUGUUUUUAAUGCGCUCUGCAGACUUCAUGAAUCUGAAUGUUAAGUUGAACACAAUUGUUCAUGUGCUUUUGACCAUUAUCCAGAGCCCAGAUCCAGAACUGAUAUUUUACCAGUUAAUUGGUCUUAUAUAUCACUGACUUAUUUUGCUGGUAGUAGUUCAUGGUUCACCAGGUUUAUCCUUCAAAAAACUAUUUUUCAUCUUUGCAGAAUGUUAUAGCAUUUUAAUUCAAGCAUUUAUGACAAUUGUUUUUCUUUCACUGGAUCAGAAGUAGAAUAUAUAUCGAUAUUGAAUGUGACUUUGCUUUUAGUUUUGCAACAUCUUUGCAGAAAUAAUAAAAUCAACCUAAUGAUAAAACUGUAAAUCAUUUCGAAGUACUAGUUAAAUGCACCAAGGCUUUUUGAUUGCUAUGCUUCUGGUUUCUGGCUAACAUGGAUUUUGUAAGAUUAAAUCAGACACUGGAUGA